AUGACCGCAUCAUAUCCGGGUACCUUACACAACUAUGCUCCGCGCUUGGUAGCCUUCGAAUUCGGCUCUCUAAGCACCCCCAAGCCACACAGUCUCCUCUUCAUUGGCGGUCUCACGGACGGCCUCUACACAGUUCCAUACGUCCAGGAAAUUGCAAAAGCCUUGGAGUCCACAGAAUGGUCCAUUUACCAGCUCCAACUCUCCUCUUCCUACAGCGGCUGGGGCAUCGGUAGUCUCGACCAAGACGUCGAAGAGAUCGGCCAAUGCGUCGAGUAUGUCCGUAACCUGAAAAAGAACUCCACCUCAAAUGGCAAUGCCGGCAAGGUCGUCAUCAUGGGCCAUUCAACAGGGAGCCAGGAUGUCCUGCACUACGUGUACUCAGAGAAUCCACUCCCACGCAACCCCGAUGCUGAUGGUGUACAAGGCCUUACCCGUCCGGCUGUAGAUGGGGCGAUCAUGCAGGCACCCGUAUCUGAUCGGGAAGCGAUACUGCAGACCGCGAAGGAGAGCUCGGAAGCCCGGGAGGCAUAUGACGCACUGGUGAAAUUUGCACAGGAGCAACCAGCUCGUACGCUUUGCCCUCUAAAUCUUACAGGACUAGUUGGGUUGGAACCUUCUACGCCAGUUAAUGCGAGGAGAUUUUGGAGCCUCGCGAGCCCUGAAAGCCCUGCAAAACCGUCGGAGGAUGACCUCUUUAGCACGGAUAUAACGGAUGAAAGACUUGGUGAAACAUUUGGGCAGGUUGCGACACGGGGCCUGUUACGGAGUACUCUUGUUGCACUCUACUCUGGAAACGACGAGUACGCACCAAACGGUGUUGAUAAGGAGGCUUUGAUGGCGCGAUGGAAGCGAGCAACCGACGUUGGAGGGGAGAAGAAGUGGGAUGAUGAGGCUAGUGGAAUCAUUCCUGGGGCGAGUCACAAUGUCCGAGACGAGGGACAGGCAUGGUUGAUCGAGCAUGUUCUGAACUACUUGAAUCGGGUUUGA